CAUAUCAAAGUCGUAGGUGUAUCCAUUGACAUUUGUCCAUGUUACUACUCUCUCACUCAGAUGUAAAUUUUUAAGUGGAAAGUAUAUCCGUGGUUCAAAGAUGGAGAACAUUAACCUGUAUGAGGAACUUGGAAGAGACUCUAUGGCUGUUGUCUAUAAAGGAAGAAGGAUGGGAACUCUGAACUAUGUAGCCCUCAAAUGCUGUGACAAAGCGAAAAGGCCCGAAAUUACCAACCAUGUCCGUCUAUGCCAAGAUCUGGAUCAUCCAAACAUUGUACGCUUUUAUGAGUGGUAUGAGACCAGAAAACACUUGUGGCUAGUAGUGGAGCUCUGCACAGGUGGUAGCUUGGAGUCCGUGAUUAUUCGGGAUGGAUGUCUGCCAGAAAAUGUUGUGAGGAAGUUCGGAUGGGAAUUGGUCAAAGGACUGAAGCACAUCCACAAGUUAGGAAUCAUUUUCUCUGACUUGACACCUGCUAAGAUCCUGCUGGAUAGUAGCGGCAUGGUAAAACUGGGUAAUUUCUGUUAUUCCAGGACAGAGACAGACACUCUUGAAGAUUUCUUUUCAUUGUGUUCUACAUAUGAAGAAAUGGGGAAAAGAAAAUUUGACAUUAGACACCAAGACAUCAAGAAAAGGUUUCAAGGCCAUCUAUUGUUAUCAGGCUCACCAACCUAUAUGGCUCCAGAGAUUCUCCAGGGAUCUGAAACUACCGCACUCUCCGAUCUCUGGGCUCUUGGUUGUGUUCUCUACUACAUGUACACUGGUAAACCACCAUUCUAUUCUAGUUGCUACAGUGAACUGAAGGAAAUGAUUGUGUGUCUGGAACCAUCAUCUCCGACACAGAAAGCGUCUCCAACAACUCCAAGUCAGGAUUUCCAAAAUCUUCUGAAAUGUUUACUCACCAAAAGCCCCGACAAGAGAAUAAACUUGCCAGAGUUACUGAAGCACGGCUUCUGGAUGCUGAAAGACAAGAAUUAGAGAAAGAAGAUGAUUGACAAGAGGACCAUCGUCCUGACUUCUUUAUUUAUUUAUUGGUUUGUUCUUGUUUUGUUAUGACAAAGUGGUACAACCCAACCUGCAUGGUUUUCUAAACUUAUAUCAUGAGAUUUGGUCAAUGUGGUUGUGUGUUGCUGCCUUUUUCUGAUGAACAUAAUUUAACUUCAGUUACACAAUGUUAGGAAAUAAAGGAGUACAAUAAAAGAA